AUGCAUGCUUUAGUCAUCGGAGCCAGUGGUCGCACUGGAAAGCUCGUCGUGGAUGAGCUACUUCAAAGAGAGCACCAUGUCACUGCUCUCGUCCGGAACCCUGCAGUGAUCGAGAAGCGAGACGGCUUGAGCAUCGUCAAAGGUAAGCUUCCCCAUUCUACGACGUCAAAGCCUCAAUCCAACGCAUACCCAUUAGGAACACCUACAAAUAUAUCGGACGUCCGCAAAGUCUUUCAAAAUCACGUCCCAGAUGUGGUAAUCGUGGCCCUCAGCGCUCCCCGCGCCAGCGACAGCCCAUUCGCCGCACCCAUUUCCCCUCCACGGUUGAUGACCGACUGCAACACCAAUGUUGUUACCGUGAUGAAAGAAUCUCGGGUAAAGAAAAUAGUCAUUCUACAAGCCCUUGGUGUUGGUGCAUCGUGGCCGAAUAUGUCAUGCAUACUCCGUCUGCUGAUGAGCAAAUCCAACAUGAGCUAUCAGUAUGAUGAUCACAAUGAAACAGACAGGGCGGUUCGAACUAGUGGCGUCACAAGUGUUCUCGUUCGUCCUGCUCGGCUGGUGGAUACUGAUGUUAUGGCGACUCGAGAAUGGCCGCACGAUGGCAAGGGGAUUCCCUUGAUGGCUACUGCCAGCCGUAAAAGCGUGGCUAGUUUCUUGGUGGAUGCGGCGGCGGAGAAUUCGUGGGAUGACAGUGCCCCUAUCAUCUCGAAUUGA